AAACAUAUGCAUCACUUUAAUCAGUGACUGCCAAAUUUGUUGGUUAUAUUAGUGGGAUUGCGCUGUGAGUCAGUGCAAAUAUGGACGAGAAGCCGGAGAGUCCCACUUUGCCAGAUUUGCUGCAGCGCGAUGAGCCGUCCGAAGCUUUCAGCGACAGAGUUGGAAUCAAAUUUGAAGGAAUUUCACUGGAGGUGCAGAAUUCACAAGUAAAGAAGAAAAUUCUGCUCAACUUGAAUGGCUACUUUCCGAGCGGCCAAUUGUCGGCCAUCGUCGGCCCUUCAGGUUCUGGCAAAAGCACCCUUCUGGACGUGCUCGCGGGUCACAAACGCCCUUCGGAGGGUUCGGUGGCGCCGUGGGGCCAGCGGCGCCGCCUCAUCUCGCAGCAGUGCGUCUUUCCCGAGGUGUUGACCACCCUGGAGCUGCUGAGUGUGGCCGCGGCACUCAAACUCAAUAGUUCAAACGCCGAUCGCCGAUCCGCCGUUCGCCGCGUGCUCACAGACCUUGGCCUGACCGAGUGCGCCCGAACCACGUGCGCAACCCUUUCUGGUGGCCAGAGGAAAAGAUUGUCGAUCGCCCUUGAACUCAUUGAUGAGCCGCCGGUGCUUCUUCUGGAUGAACCAACCACAGGUCUCGACUACGUGUCUGGGAUGCGUUGCAUUCGUCUUUUGCAAAAUCUAUCCCGCCUCGAGUCCCGCACUAUUGUGUGCACUAUUCAUCAGCCGAGCGCUCUCAUCCUGGAGCUCAUUGACCAAAUUUAUCUUUUAUCUGCUGGUCGGUGCCUAUACAAAGGAGCGGUCGAUGGCCUCCUACCCAAGCUGUCGAGCAAUGGCCUCUCUUGUCCAAAGUACCACAAUCCCUCUGAUUUUGCCCUGGACAUUGCCUGCGGUGAAUAUGGCGUUGAAGUGGUGAACGAAUUCGCAUUGGGGGAAGAAAUGAACAUUCCCAACACCGCCUUUCCCGCCGAGCUGAACGGACGAGACAAAGGACCCGCCGCCUCUUUUCUGACCCAAUUUUCCGUUCUCUUGCGCCGCUCGCUAUUCAUCAUGACCCAAGAAAAGUCAGUGACAUUAAUCAAAAUUUUCGUGCACAUCAUCGUGGCAAUUCUGCUGGGAGCCACUUUUUACAAUUGCGGCAAUGACGCAGCACGCGUGCUCAACAACGGCGCCCUGCACGUUUGCAUCCAGAUUUUCCUGCUCUUCAGCGGCCUCAUACCCACCGUGCUCACUUUUCCUAUGGAGAAAUCGGUGUUCAAACGCGAGUUCUCCAACUGCUGGUACUCGUUGGAGGCGUAUUUUCUCGCAAUGUUUACUUCGCACCUGCCGCUGCCGAUUUGCAACUCGCUUUUGUUCACGUCCAUCGUGUACUGGAUGAGCGGCCAACCGGCGAAUAUCCACACAUUUUUAUUGAUGUUGCUCGUAACGUCACUGACGAGCCUCAACGCACAGAGUGUUGGCAUCCUAGUCGGAGUGGCAUUUAAUUUAGUGAACGGGAUGUUCUUUGCUUCAUUCUCGGGAGUGCCGCAAUUAGUGUUUUGCGGCUAUUUCAUCGCGGUCAGCGCAGCGCCCUUUUUCAUAAGGAUAUUCGCGCACGCGACCAGCUACGUUUUGUACAGUUUUCACGCGGCCAUGGCGACCACCUACGGCCACGGACGUCCGAAUCUGCAGUGCGACGAGAUGUACUGCUACUUCCGCUCGCCGAAAAAGUUCCUCGACUUCCUGCAAAUCACCGAGGAAGGCGUCGGCCUUGACGUAGCCGCGCUUUUUAUCUUUCUGUUCGCCUUCAAUAUAAUCACAUACUCCGUCAUGAAACUGAAAUACUCGCAUCUCCAAAGAUAAAAAGUGUUGCAGACUUAAAAGAAAAAUGUGUGAUAAACAAAAUUAAAGAAUCUCGAGUGCUUCUAUGAGAUUUCAUCAAUUAUUUAAAUUGUGUUCUUUUAAAUAAUGUCUCAGAAUAAACUAUUGUUGAU